CUUUUUCUCAAAAUAUAAAUCACCCUGAAACACCUUUUUGGUGCCUUUUUCUACUUCCCUAUUGGUUGGAUUUCAAAUCCAUCUCUUUCUUCUCUCUCUAACUCUCUCUCUCUAGGGAGAGAAAAAGCAAGCUUCUUUUUUCCGAAUUAUUAAUCCAGAAAAGUAAAAAGUAUCAAAUGCUAAAUGGGUAGUGGCACUGCCACUGCACUCACAACAACAACAUUCAGAAAGAAAAAGGAGUUUGAAUGGUUUUGAUAUAGAAUGGAUGCUCAGAAUCUGUGAAUUGGGGUAGAGUGUAGAAUUUGUUGGAAAAAUGAAUUGAGGGUGAUUUAGUUGAAGAUUAUUUUGGAUAAGAAUAGGGAAAAAGUGAUGGCUGCAGAGUCAAAUACUGGUUUUCACUAUGGUGAUAUGAAUUCUACUUUGAAUUGGCAUGCAAUAUCAUUUCAAUCUGGUGCUGUUAGUAGCUUACCCGAGAUGGUUCCAAUGGGAAAUUACUUUGGGUUGAAUAAUGAUACCUCUGGGAUGAUGUAUUCUGGGAAUUCAAGCGUUACGAAUAGGAAUUUGAAUUCGUCUGUUGUAAGUCAACCAGGGAGUGCUUCUGGCUCUUCUCUUCUUGUUGAUUCUGUCCCUGGAUUGAAGCAUGAUGCAGGUUUCGCUGCUGAGUGGUCCGUUGAUGAACAGUACAAAUUGGAGGAAGGACUUCUCAAAUAUGCUGAUGAGCCUAGUAUCACGAGGUAUGUCAAAAUUGCUGCUUCGUUGCGUGAUAAAACUGUCCGUGAUGUUGCUUUGAGGUGUAGGUGGAUGACUAGAAAGCGAAGGAAACCAGAAGACCACAUGGUAAAGAAGGUCAACAAUAGAAAGGAUAAACCAGUGGAGUCAUCGCCUAAGCAGUAUUUGCAGCCAGUUCAAACCCCAAAUGUAGCCACAUAUUCUUGUAUAUCGCAACAUGUGGACAGAAGUCAACGGAUACCGUAUGAUGAUGGAAUUUGUGGUCCAAUGAAGCGACUCUUGGAGCAAAAUGCUCAAGCUUUUAGUCAAAUCAAUUCCAAUCUAUCUACUUUCAAGUUGCAAGAUAACAUCGACCUCUUCAGUCGGACACGGCACAACAUUAGUACCAUUCUCGAAGACAUGAAAGCAACACCUGGUAUAAUGAGCCAAAUGCCUUCGCUUCCCGUGUCGAUCGACGAGGACUUGGCAAGUAGAUAUUUACCUAAUAAAACUCAGGAAAUUUCUGAGUCCAUCAAGAUUUCCUACUCAAAGUGGACUACCAGUAUAGAGAGGUUGGCAUUUUUUGUGUGGAAGUCAAUUAUUUUGGUGCUGCCAUUGAGGAGUUACAUCAUAACCAAUAUCAUACUAUCUCAUCAUGACUUUCCAGAGUUUCUAAUUUUUUACUUUUUCUAGUUUGUCUAUUUUGUUUGAAGGAAUAUUUGCACUUCUGUUGUAUAAAUAUUUGCAAAAAGAAAAAAGGAUAGAAAAGGAAAGGAACUAGUGUAACAAUGCUAUGAGGUUAUUCAGUGGUUUUGGAUUAUUGGUUAUUUUAUCAUGGCUUAGGAAGUGAUGUAGAUCUAUGAUUCUAGUUUGCCAUGGUUAGUAUCUGUUUUGUAAUAUGUAAAGGGAAAUCAUUAUUUACAUUGUUUCAUGGUUGUAUAUGAGGAGAUUAGAGUCAUUUGCAGUUUGUGUUCAAGUAUACUA